AUGAAGCGAGCAGACAUUUUUAAUGAUAUUGAAACAAUUGAUGAUGCUACAAAUAUUAAUUCAUAGAUAAAUCACAGUGAAUAAACUAAACAGAAUCAAACUAACAAAUCAUUUACAAGUUCAAGAUACAAUUUUAGACAAAUACUUUCACCAUAGUAAGAAAAUCAAGUACUAGCUAAUCAUGUUAAAGAUCUUCAUCAUUAAAAAGCUGAUUUGAUUAAAGCCUUUGAAAACUUAAACUAAUUUUCAUGCUAACAAAGCAUAGUUCAGAACAACAGUGUUAAUCAGAACCCUUUCAAAGGAUAAAAUGAUCUCUCAAUGUAGUAUAAUCUGGAAUCUAAGUACCUGAAAGAGCAAAAGUCUUCUGGUUUGCAAACCCCAAAUGACUUAGAAUAAACAGACACUACAUAAUUGGCACAUGUGAUAAGUUAAGUUAAUUAACAAUAAAAACAAAGUAAUGACCAACAGUAGCUAAACUUAUUCGCAUAGUCAAUUGAUAAGCAUCCAAUACCUUUCAACCUUCAUGAACAAAGUACCUAGUAAAACGCUAAUCAAGAUUGUCAAUAAGAUUUAGUUCAGAUGGGGUCAGUGCUGAUACAUUAGGACACCCAUAAAAUUGGAGCAUAGAAUUAGUAGCAACUUGAGAGUUAUAAUUCAAUGCUAAAGAUUACUAAUAAUUCCUCUAAUUAAUAAAGUUUACAACAAAAUAUUCACCCAAGAAAUAGAUAACAUGAAAAUAGAGAGUUCUCCAAUUAGCAUAUUCAAGUCUAUUAAGAUCCCAAGAGAGAAAGCAUUCAUCAUAAUGAUAGCAUCACAGAAAAGAUUAAGGUACUCAGAGAUGAUAUUUAAGUAUUGUUUCCAUCUUCAAAGACUCUGAAACGAAAUGAAACAUCCUCAACAACCAGAACUUAUAAUUAGCAUCAGCAGAACAUACCUAUUAAAGAUUUGAUAAACAGAAAUAAAGAUGAAUAAAUUAUGCAGCCAGUUACAUUUUUAGCAAAGUCUAGAUCAUAGGAGAGAGAUAAUUUAUACUCAUAGAACAUCUUGAAUUCUAGGAUGAAUAAUUAUCAGCAGUACAAAGUAAAUGCACCUGAUCAGAGCUAGCUUAUUUUUGAAAACACCUAGGAUGAUUUAAUGAGCACCUAGUAGUUUAGAUCAAGAUCAAAAGAACUACUAAAAUCAGAAAAGUAAUAGCAAAAUAUGAUCUCCCUUACUGCUCGUAUUGAAGAAAAUAAAUAACGCAACUAAUCCAUCCUUGAUAAAAAUUCUCGCAAAAAAAGUAGUUCAGGAGCUAUUAUAGCAUCUAAAAAUAAACUAAAAUUUGUAAAGACAUCAGGAAACUUGAAAUUAAACAAUUAGCUAGAUCGGAUGGUCAAUAUUGAAAAACAGGGAAUUAUUCCAACUAUUCAUGAUAAUAAACCUCCAUACGAUUCAAAUGAUAUUCAAUUUUUAAAAGAUGAGAUACUAUAAUUGUCAGAAUUGCUUUAGAAAGAAUAGCAUAACUUUAAGAAGUUUAAAGAAUCAUACUAGAGAAAAGCUCAAAGAGAAAGUGAAAAGUAUCAGAAAGAAGUCUCUUAGCUAAAGACUGAAUUGAAUCAAAUAGAAGCAAAGUAUCUAGAAGAGGUGAAAAGAAUAGAAUAAAGAUAUAAAGAGUAUAAACUGCAUAAGGCUAAGAGAUAUUAAGAGAAGUUGCAGGAUUUGACUACCAAAAUUGAUUUGAAACUACUGAAGGAGAAGUAAUAUAGCAAGUAACUUGAAGAUCAAUUAAAUUCUAUGAAAGAAAGUGAAAUAGGAAAAUGGGAUUAAAAUUAGAUUGACAGAUUUAAAGAUGAGUAUGAUAAAAAGCUCUAAAUCAUAAUGGAAAAGUAUGAAAUGAUUAUCAAGGAAUUGAGGCAAGAUAAGAAGAACUAGAGUAAUGAUUAAUAUGAGAUGCUUAAAUAUUAGAAUAGCAGACUAGAAAAAGAAAAUGCUAAUCUAGUUAGAUAACUAAAAGAAUUAAAAAUAGAAGAAACAACUCUAAAGGAUUCAACGAAACAGUACUAAUUUAAUAGUAAUAGAAAUAUUAAUGUAAUUGAGCCUUAGUCAUUUGUAGAAUUUGACUCAAAGACUGAUAGGAGGCAAACCAUUAAUUCAAGAUCAAUGCUUUCGCAAGCUGGGAAUUCAAGAUCCGCUAAUAGAAUAAUAGGGGGUGAAUAGUCAGAGAAAUAAAUAUGCAAAAAUACCUAGCGAAGGUUAGUUUUUGAAGAAAUUUAGAAUUAGAUGCCCUUGCAAGAAAAAUAAAGUAAAUCUAGAAACCUUAACAUAAGAGGAGGUAUUUUAACCUAGGUUUCAUAAAAAGAGUUAAAAAUGAAGUACGGAGGAGGAAAUGUAUCUCGAGAAAAUAAAUGA